AUGAUGCCUGGUUCAAUCUUCUCGAAAGAGAUGAUCAGUCGUGAGAAGGCAUACACAGGAAAUGUAUCGAAGCUGGUCAAUGAGCUUCCAGAGAAUCGCGUCCACGAGAUCCAUUGCGAUGCUGGGAUGUUUGCGCACGGUUUCGUGGUGCUGAUCGAACUGCCAUACAUCGUGCUCCAGAAUCAUGAAGAGCACGAAGAGUUCGAGACACGGGACCAGCGCAAGAAACACCAGCGAUUUUGGCGAAUUCCUGCGCAGGAAGGCUGA